AAGAAACAAUCUAUGGAAUUUUGUCGCGACACUGGACUCCAUGGCUACAAAUACAUUGGCGAGUCUCAUCGCGCCAUGAAAGACAGGAUCGUUUGGGCAAUAAUGGCAUUCGUAUCCCUGUGCACCGCAAUUGUGAUAAUAGUGUUCACCUACGAUUAUUACGCCAACCAUCGCGUUUCCUCGGUCAUCAAGUCCACUCACUAUGGGAUAUGGAAUUAUCCGUUCCCAGCGGUGACCGUGUGCAACAUUAAUCGCGUGUCCCUCAGAUUAACGCGAAAGUUAGUUGACAAAUUAAACCUCCCGCCAUCCAUAUCCAAGGAACUUGUUGUACAGGAUAUGAAGCUGUUGAACGAGUUGUUGUAUCCCGGUCAGACCGAACAGAAUAUUCGGUACAAUCUGUCACGUUUGCAAUACAUCUUUGACGCUAAUGGUUUGUCAAUUCCGACGGUCAUCGAAUCCGUCACACAGAGUUGCGAAAGUUUACUGACAGCGUGCAAAUUAAAAAAUUAUGACGUCCAAUGCAACCAGCUGUUCACGCCGAGAUACUCCCGCGACGGAUUGUGCUGCAGUUUUAAUUACAUCUCACGGGAACAAUUCCUCGAAAACAAAACAAAACCGCUGAAAGUGACUUCGUGCGGGUAUCAAAAUGGACUCAGCCUCCUAAUUAGUUUCGAACCCGAUGAUUAUCAUGCCAGUUUCUUGGGAUCUAUAGGGAUUAAGGUGAUGGUACACUAUUCCUACGAUUACCCAGAUUUUGAUGCGUCUACUAAAUUAGUCAUCAUUGAGAAAUACUCGUUUUUGACCGUUUAUCCGAAACAGACGUAUUCGACAGAACACGUUCGAGAAUUGGAGAAUACGAAAAGGGACUGCAUAUUCGCUGACGAGGGAGAUAAAGUAACAACGAUGGACAACCAAGGACUUUUUGCCAGGUACUCUUAUCAGAACUGCCUGGUGGAGUGUCGCGCCAAUGUAAUUAAAGCAAAAUGCGGAUGCAUCCCCUAUUAUUAUCCGCAGAACGAAACCAGAGUAUGCGAUUUGAGGGACAUCGAAUGUUUAGAAGUAUACAAAUCUUGGUACGCAUCAUCUUGGCCAGGAAGAGACCUAUCGCCUAAAACUUUACGUAGUAUGCAAAUUGACGUGAAGGACAGACCUUGCAAUUGCAAACCGGAUUGUGAUUUUUAUCGUUAUGUUGUGGAAAGCUCGGAAGGAACUCUUAACAAACGUAUUUUCCACGUCGGCCUUAAAUACUCGACUAGUUUUGGGGAAAACAAUACCUGGAAAAAUCAGAGUGUAAUACACGUAUUUUUUGACGAUCUAGUUUCUGUUCAAUUCCGACAAGAUGUACACUACAGCUGGCGUCAUAUAUUCGCAACAUUUGGAGGUCUUCUAGGAUUAUUUGCUGGAUUUAGUCUAAUGUCUAUUUUCGAAUUUAUCUACUUUUUUGUUAUUCGCGUCAUGACAAACACAUGUUCUGAAAAACACGACGUGGAUAGAAUAUUAAUAACAAAGAAUCAACGGAGUAAAAAUCAAAUGACGGAAUAGCGUUGAUUUUUUUACACUAUGUAACUAACUGCAGCUCUUUGUAAUCAAUAUCGUCAACAACUGUCAUAGUAUAUAAAAAAUGUUUUCAAAAUUCACAAUGUCAAGAUUUUGCUAUUUCUGGUCUAUAUUCCGGAAACUGAAAAUCUGUAACCAGCCUGUAGGUACGUAGCUCAGGUAAUUGUGCAAUAGCAUUUGUUCCAUAUAUCUUUCCUCGUUUUUUCAUGACGCCCUGAAUUAUUUUAUUGGUAGCUUUCAUAAACGUUAUUUCGGAUCCUUCAUUUUGUAGCACAUUACAAAAUUCCUGUAUAAACCACGAUCCUAAGGAAAUGACAAUCACAAUAAUAAAAAAAAAAGAUUCAAUUAUACAGUUUACAUGUACAAUAAUUAAUUAGACAAAUUAUUACCUUCUUCUUUAUGACGUACAGACACAAACCCUUGCAUUGUUGACAUGAAUAUACAAAAGUUUCUGUAUGCGAAAAUAUUAGAAAUAAUAUUAUUUGUCCGACCAUCUGUAGUUAAAGCUUCAUCUGCGAGCCCUACGAUAAAAUAUAAGAAAAAUAUUUCAAUAUUUUUAAUGCAAUGUGAUUAUAUAUUUGCUUUACCUGUUGCUUGUCCUUGACAAGCUUGUACAAUUACAAUUUUAAUAACAUUCAUUAACUUUUCACAGCAAAUUUUAUGCUCAAUUGCAUCAAGACUUACUUCUUGUUCGUCUGAACUAAUAAUACCUCCUAUAACAUAAAUUAAUAUAUUAUUAUAUAUGAAUCAGUAUAUCAUGUAUUAUUUUUAUUUCUAUUUAAGUUUCGUUUAUUCCAAUACCUCGAUUUAAACUUUCACUUAAGAAACCAAUUCAAUACUUUUACCUUUACAUCCAUGGCUUAAAAUACAUAGAAAUAAACAGUCGUAAUUAGUCCCAAAUGCUUCUGGAAUGUCUUCCAAUGUUUUUAAUAUUUCAUCUUUCUUUAAAUUUUUAAAUAUACUGACAGCAAAGCCAAAACCUUUAAAUGUUUCUGAUAGUUUCCUACAAUCUGCUGCAGUACCAAAUCGAGUUUCAAACUGAAAUAUUAAUAUAACACUUCGAUAUACUCAAUCUGUUGUAAACUAUUAACAACAUAUAUAUUGUUUAUUAAAUAACAGUAAAUUUAAAUAAUUAUUAAUACCUUCUCACCCAAAAAAGACAUUUGACUUAUAAUUAUGCAAAGACCUUUCUUUAAUCUUUUAAUGUCAUUUUCUGCACCAACAGGAAGUAACUGUGUACCUUCAGUUACAGAAAACUUUAAAGGCGGUGUACUGUAUGAGCUUAUAUUUUGAACAUCCAGCACAGACUGAUGAUCUUCCAUUUUCUUAAAAUCCUCGUAUAUAAGCGCAAUAUCAUCAAAUGUUUUCAUAUGUCUAAGUAAAUUCUUUAGAUUUACCCUACCUAAAAUAAUUAAGCAUUAUAGAAAAUAAAAUAUUGUAAUGUAAGCUAUGAAGAAUA